CCAAUAUUUCAUAGAGAAACAUAUCAUUCUAUAAAAAAAUUCAUUAUUCAGUUCAGUGUUAGUUUUUUGUGUUUAUUCUAUAGUUCAGAACAUAAAAUUUACUAGAAGUAAAUAUCAAUAAAAAUUCUGGGUUGAGUGUUUAUUUACCAUGGAAAUAAACGAAGUGAGUCAAACUAGUCAGGAUAGUACCAAACCAAUAGCAGCAGAGGAGUUCAAUUUUGAAUUCCUUCCAAUAAUAUACGCAAUAAUACGCAGAAUUGAAAAAGAUCAUCACGAUACUGCUGCUAAGACGAAGGAAUCUCAGGAGUGCGCACAAAAAGUACUAGAACUCCAGAAGCAUCUAGACCAAGCACGAGCUCAGAUAUAUCAGUUACGUGGAAUCGACUAUAAUAAGGAACAACAGUUAUCGAAUUUGGAAUCUUUGAAGAUUCAAUUAAAACUGAAGCAAGAAUUAUUGCAAAAAUAUCGAUAUAUGCAUCCUUACGAUUCUAUGACGUCCAAAUAGACCUGUCAAGUAUCAAGUCAUAGAUAAAUAAAAUAAAAAAUAUAAAAAUGAUUAGGUUUCUAAUAAGACUUCUUGCAAAUAAUGAACAAUUAGUACAAAAAUUAAGUGAAUCAUAUCCCAUGAGAAGAGCAGCCCAAAUUAUUGUGAGACUUGCAUAUAGUGGAAAAUAUUACAUUGAAGCUCAGCAAUGGGACAAAAAGAUGAACCCAGAACAAUUCAGAAGUUUUAUGAAAGAUAUUGCUAGAAAUUUUCAAAACCAGAUUAAAGAAGCUCAAGAAGAAAUUAAGCGAAAAAUGAAAUAAACUUUCUCCCUGUUAUUCAUGAUAUGUAUGUGUAAGAUAAAAAAUGUUUUCCAUGAAGAAAGUUUGAGAAUAUCUAAGUUCGAAUGAGAUUUUAUAUACAAAUGAAGAACUACUACAAACUUAAUGGAAUUUUUGUUUUUUGGCCAAUGUGUUUUUAUUUUCUCUUUAGGUUUCAUCAAUUUUGUGAAAUUACUUAAAUCUCACUUUAUAAUAUUCACAUGAUUGAAUAGUAAUUUCAAUGAAAAUACUGUUAUAAUUUCAUAAACCUAAAGUCUAAUAAUA